AGAGAGAGAGAUCGAUCUCAAAGAAAUUUGAUAACUAGGCAAAAGUAGAAGAAGCGCAUCGCGGCCUAGGGUUUGUGUUUUUGCGUCUCCAGCAGUUCGUUUUUCUUCUCUGCGCCUACGCUAUUGAUCUGAUCGACUGUAUUGAUAAAGCGGAGAUGCGACUUACGCUUGAGUUUGGCGGCGGCCUCGAUCUUCUUUGCCAAUCUGUAAAAAUCCAUCAUGUUGAUGUUACUCCUAACGUUGAAAACGGGAAGUUAACAUUGCGUGAUCUGUUGUCUUGGGUUCGGACUAGUUUGAUUAAAGAAAGGCCAGAAAUGUUCAUGAAAGGGGACUCCGUGAGGCCUGGCAUUCUGGUUCUAGUUAAUGAUUGCGAUUGGGAAUUAUGCGGCGGUCAUGAUACGGAGCUAGAAGAAAAAGAUGUGGUGGUAUUCAUUUCAACCUUACAUGGCGGGUAAUUUUUCAGAUGUCUGGACUAGUGUAUGUUUAAAUGUUAAGAGUUCCUGAUCAGCAUUUAUCUAAUCUCUUGAGAUUGUAAAACAGUGGGUUGAUUAAAGCUUGAAACUUUUAGUUCAGGAGACUUUCCUGAUAUGUAACUUGUUUUCAUCUGAUGUAGACUUUUUGAAAUAAAUCAGUAAAUUAUACAAGUCGAUGUGUCUUUUCUGCUGGUUAUGAUAUUUCU